UCCCCGACCGGCCUGUAAGCCCACUAGGCGGAGAAGGAGGGAAUCGCGCUGCGCGCGGGCGAGACGGAGAGGACGAUAGAGGGGGAGGACUAGAGAGAGAAAGAGAGGCAAGGAAAAGGGAGCAGCGCUCGUGGAACGCGCCGUGUCCUCGCGUGCUUGUGUCGCGUACGGCGUCUCGAGCGCAGCCAUUACGACAGAGCCGCUCGGUGACGCUCGGUAACGUUGUGUAGUAACGCGAGCGCGACGAUAGCGUGGCCCGUUUGUUGGUGUACGCGUUCGUGAACGCCAGACCGCCGACGCCGUCCGCCGCGUAGUACGGGCGUAGCAGAGCGUGAGCACGUGUGCGCACGCGAGACAGAACGAAUUAACGCAACGCCGAUCGGCCGCCGCCGCCGCCGCUGCUGCUGCCGCCGCUGCUGCUCGUCGCUACCGAGGGGUUGGCGUUACGCGAGUGAGAACGAGGAAGCGCGGAAGCUGCCGAGUACGACUCGAACGCGCACGACGGGUGUCUCGCGCUGUUGUGAAGACUGUACAAAACGAAUUUGGUUUGUGACCGGACCGGUUGUGGACGCAUCGGACGCAUCGCGGUACGCGUGUGCGUGCGACUUUACGCCGAGGGCGAGAAAAACGAUAGAUAAAGAAAUUAGAGGGUAAACGACACAUAAGCCGCCACCAUGUUUGACGUGUUCGGCUCCGUGAAGGGGCUGCUCAAGCUCGACUCCGUGUGCAUCGACAACAAUGUGUUCCGGCUACACUACAAGGCCACGGUGAUCGGACUGAUCAUUUUCUCCCUGCUGGUGACCUCCCGGCAGUAUAUCGGCGACCCGAUCGACUGUAUCGUCGACGACAUACCGCUACACGUGAUGGACACCUACUGCUGGAUCUAUUCGACCUUCACGAUCCCUGAUCGGACCGGCAUCGUCGGCAAGGACCUGGUGCAGCCGGGGGUCGCCUCGCACGUUGAGGGCGAGGACGAGAUCAAGUAUCACAAGUACUAUCAGUGGGUCUGCUUCACCCUCUUCUUCCAGGCGAUCCUCUUCUACGUUCCGCGCUACCUGUGGAAGACGUGGGAGGGUGGCAGGAUCAAGAUGCUGGUGCUGGACCUCAAUUGUCCGGUGGUCAGCGACGAUGGUAAGAGCGACCGGCGUAAAUUGCUGGUCGACUACUUCACCUCGAACCUGCAUUCGCAGAACUUCUACGCGUACCGCUUCUUCCUGUGCGAGAUACUGAACUUCGUCAACGUGGUCGGCCAGAUCUUCUUCAUAGACUUCUUCCUGGACGGCGAGUUCACCACGUACGGCUCCGACGUGAUCAAGUUCACGGAGAUGGAGCCCGAGGACCGUAUCGAUCCCAUGUCCAAGGUGUUCCCGAAGGUAACGAAGUGCACAUUCCACAAGUAUGGUGCGUCCGGCUCGGUGCAGAAGUUCGACGGGCUCUGCGUGCUGCCGCUCAACAUCGUCAACGAGAAGAUCUACGUGUUCCUCUGGUUCUGGUUCAUCAUCCUGUCGAUCCUGAGCGGCCUCAGCUUGCUCUAUCGCGCGGCAGUGAUAGUCGGCCCGAAACUACGUAUGCUGCUGCUGCGGGCGCGCUCGCGUCUCUCGCCGCAGGACCAGAUCAAGACCAUCAGCGACAAGUGUCAGAUCGGCGAUUGGUUUGUCUUGUAUCAGCUUGGUAAGAACAUCGAUCCAUUGGUUUACAAGCAGCUCGUCGCUGAUCUCGCGAUCAAGCUUCAAGGCAAGGAGAACGUGUAACGUGCCAAGCGGUCGGAGAGGACCUCUUCAGGAAGCGCUCCCAGACAAGUCCUCCGGAAGGUUUCUUAUCUGUCUCCCCGAGCGAUACUCUGUUCGACGUAGGGGAGAAGCGAACGGUAGGAUCGUCUCCAGAUUAGAGACGAGAGUAAGAGAUAGACACUGAGUGCGAGAGUGAAAGAGAGGGGGGGGGGGGACAGUCCGAUAUCGAUAUCGCGGAUGUAAAAUGGGCGAGUGGAAAAAUUUUAGAGUUUCUAGGCUGAAUUGCACCAAUGACUGUCUGAUUUAGGACUCGGUGAUUCGGCUAUCUUUUCUACAUUAUAUUUUGUUCAUAAUCAAGAUCAAACUGUAUUAUAAUUAGUUCUAAAUCGAUCCCUUGGAUUUGAAUCACUCCAGGGAUGCUCUGAAUUAAUUUUCGAUCAGCAUUAAUUAUAAACAAUUAGCAAUUUGCGAACGUGAACUUGUUUAGAAUUCGUAUGUCGAUAAAGAAGCGAGACUUAGACAUUCGAGAUAAGUUGAUCGCUUGAUUGAGAAUCUGAAUUAAUAAAAAGCCUCGUUUAUUUCCGAUUUCCAAGUUAAUUUAAUAUAUGUGUAGAUAUAAUUAGCUAAUUAUAGCUAAUUAUAAGUAAUUAACGACUGUUACUUCUUUUUAUCGACGUGGAAUUUAGAUCGGUUUCUUCUGCUCUCUCCCGAUACGAAUUCAGACAGGAUCUCGCGUCAUCAGUCGUGCCGUAAGUCAGCAUUAGCGUUGGUGCAAUUGGACCCUGGGUAGUUAGGCCAAGAUAUAUAUUUUUUUUUUAUGUCUCGCCGUUCCUCUUUCGCGCGAGUACACGCUUCCCAUUCGACGUCGGGGUUUGCGGUGAAGACAAAGCGCGCAGUCCGCCGCCCGUCUCCUUGCCUCACCUCGUCUUCGCGUCGAACUCUCCUCGUCUUCGAAUCCUUUCACCUGCGGAGAGUUUCCCAUCGAUUUUAUAUACGCCGCCCAUUCCACUUGUUUUCUACAUUUGUCCGCUUCCUUCAUUUUACCUCGCGCUUACUCCUAUAGAUUUCCCCGUGCAAGAAUUCGCGACCUUAACGUCGAUCACGCGUCGGACUCUUACCAUUCGUUGUUUAUUUAUUUGAUUUUAGCGAAUUGCGUGUUGUUACAUGGCGAGUCUAUUUUUGGAUUCUUAUGAAUGCAUUUUGUUUUUUCUUUUUCUUUGUUUAAACUAUUCUAUAUCCUUUUUUUUUUUCGGUGUAUGCGAACGUUGUCGUAAUGUCAUAUCAAUUAAUUAUGACUUUCUUCGAUUUCGUGAAAAAAGUUCGAGGUGAAUUUAAGAAGAAUGGGAAUUAUACUCUAUUAUUUUUAUGAAUGAAACUUCCGACCGAGAUAAGCAGUAGAAUGAAGAUUUUUGCUUUAACGUAUACAUUUACGAGGCAGUUUGAGUCAUCAUCCGAUCAUUUUCGCCAUGACGCACAGUUAAUUGUAAUCACGCAACUCCAGGCAGCUGCAGGCCUCUUCGCGGAUCAGAUCGAUUGUUUACAUUCAUCGUGCAAUUAACGGCGGUCAAUCGAUAAUCGAGAAAUUAUCGGCGAAGUAAGCAUUCCCUCGUCAAAUUGGCACGCGAAGCCGAGCUAGACGCGAAGACCGCGGCGAAGUUUGUUGGCCUGCCGUCGUCACCGUUAUCGUUUUCAUCCGCGCGCGCGUGUACUUCGCGAGCGGAGCCCGCACGCAACGCA